CUGUCAUUUUGAAAGCGACAUCCACUCGUUGUUCCUCAGAAUUAUAUAUUUCGUGAGUCAUUUUAUCUCGUUUCCGAGUUUUCAUUCGAACCAGUGCUUUUUUCGACUUGAAUCUACAUCGCUCGGACAUCAUUAUCUUUGGCGGUAACGGUAAUUGCUCCCAAACAAUGUUCGAUUCCUUAACGACGUGGUUCUCUGAGUGUUCCAUUUAUCAUUUGUGUGGGGAAAUACGCAAGAUGGUCUCAUUUGAUCGGGACCAGUGAAAUAUGUACGUAUUCUGUUCAGUUUCGAAAUUCAAGAUUCAUUUUUCCGAGAGGUAAUGGUUCCAGAUUGACUGAGGAAUCAUGGAAUCUAUCAGAAGAUGGUUUUAUAGACCUAAGAAAGACGACACGUCCCUAUUGGCCCAAUUUUUUUACGCUGACGAGGCUCUGAACAUAAUCGCCAACGAACUGGACAGUUUCGACGGUCGCAAAGAUCCAGAAAGAUGCACCACGUUGGUGAACCAACUGCGACAGUCGCAGGACAAGGUGCUGACCAUCACCAACGCCAUCAUGGACGAACUGAUAGGCGACGAGAGGGUGGACAGGGAUUUCAGAGUGAAGUUUCCCGAGGACGUGCUGCAGGAGAAUCUAGCCGGUCAGCUGUGGUUUGGAGCGGAGUGCCUGGCGGCCGGAUCUUCCAUAAUGAACCGAGAACACGCCAGCAUCCUCAUGCGUCCCCUGGCCAAGGCAGUCACGAAAAGCCUCGAGCACGUGAGGAACCUGCUGCGCCAAGCCUGCCUCCGUAACAACACCCCCAACGGCCCCCUGAAACUCGACCAGAACGACCUCAUAACGGAGAUGCUGAUCGAGAGCCUCAAGAUAUUCGACAAGUUCUUCGCCGACUUCGAACUGGCCUACGUCAGCGCCAUGGUACCCGUCAAGUCCACCUACGAGUACGAGCUGCAGGAGUUGAUCAGCGUGCUCUUCUCCGAGACCUUGCAGCGGGCCCUCAAGACCAAGCUGCUGUCGCAGGAGAUGGUGGAUUCUUGCGAUCCGGCCCUUAUGUUCACCAUACCGAGACUGGCCAUCGUGCAGGGGCUGUUGUCGCCCAACGACGAGCCCCUGCAUCUGGACAGACCGGCCGAGCUGAUGAGCGACAUGUUCAGACCUUUUAGGGUGCUAUUGCGUCGCAUCAGGGAGCUGAUGUGGACGUUGGACAAGAAGGAGUUGUAUCUGCUGGAGAGACUGUUGUGCGACAACGAGGAUCUGGCCUUGAGCGACGUGAAAUCCGUGACUGACAUGACUUUCGACGAGGAUCCUUGCGUCAUGAUCGAUCCGAUCUACCUCGACUACUCCACGAGGUUGUUACAGGACGAAAGUAAGAGUUUUAUGGAUAAAAAGGGCGGUAGGAAGGACCAGUCGAUCGAUAUUCCAUCGACGUCCACCUAUCCCCUGGUGGAUUACGCGGGGACUUCGCCGAUCCAACACCAGUCGCCGCCGAACGAGGAUUCCCUGAAGAUAAUCUCCGACGCCGCGGCCACCCUAUCGUCCAUCCUCACCAAGGAGGAGAAGAACGACGCGGAGGAGAGCGACGGGGAGCUGGACUCGCCCAACGAUUCGGGCAUAUCGACGGAGACGGCGAGUCUGGACAGAUCUCCGACCUUCGAGGGCGAGGAAAAGAGGUGUAAGGAGGGUUGCUGCGGGAAGACGUGCAAGUGCAGGAGGAAGCAGGGUAGGACGGGCGGGGGUAAACAGACGACGUCGACGUCGAGGAGGAUCCUGAGCAGCAGGAAGAGGAGACAGUCGGAAUCUCUGCUGGACGGCGAUUCGUCCAGCGAGGAGAGUUCCGAGGCGUCUUCGAGCGGCGCCUACGCGGAUACGGAAGACGUCGCGACGGCGGUUAGGGCGGCCAGGAUAAGGGUGCGGGCGAAGUACAGAUCCAGCGAGGACCUGGUGCACCGCCUCUUCGUGUGCGUGGCCGGCGUCGCCGAUCAGCUGCAGACGAACUUCGCCAGCGACCUCAGAAACAUCCUGAAGGCCGUGUUCCUCAUCAACACCUCCGACUCCGACGAGACGUCGGAAAACGCGAUACCGUCGUGCCUUGAGACGUCCACCGCCUCCAUCGAGUACCAUCCAGCCCCCGCGGACGUGGUGGAGACGAACGAGUUCAGCGUCGACCCCAAUAUCCUGGCCCAGGAGGCGCUGUUCGACACCAACGUCUACUUCCACAUCGGCGACGGUCCCGGCGACAUGGACGGCAGCUUCACCAACCGCCCCAGGCACCAGGAGGAGGGCGACGGGGGCGGCGGCGUCGACGACGUGGCCUCCAUCGACGAGGGUCUGUACAGGAUCACCCUGCGGGACGAUUACGGGGGCGGAGCGCGGCGGGAGGACGCGGGGGCGGUGGAGAGACCGCCGGUGUGGUUGCCCGACGUGGAGGCGCCGAAAUGCAUGAGUUGCGGCGCCAACUUCACGGUGGUCAAGAGGAGGCACCACUGCAGGAACUGCGGCAAGAUAUUCUGCGGCAGAUGUUCGUCCAAUAACGUGCCGUUGCCGAAAUUCGGUCUCACGAAACCGGUCAGGGUUUGUAACAAGUGUUUUAUCUACAAUUUAUCGCCCGUGCAGUUGGUACUUAGCGAUUAGUGUGAAAUACGGUUGGCAGCAUCGUCAAGGUCACUCCCGGUGGAAUUUCAUCGUUUUUGCUACGCCCAAUAGAUGAAAUUCAAGUAGAUUGCCAAAUGAACGAUCAAGUGACCUCGCGAUUUUGAUAAAUUGUGAUCUAGAAGAGCUGUUCCUGCUGCAAUGGAAAAAAUGCAACAUCGAUUUCCUUGUGUCAUAAAUUCUUGUAAACGAAAAUUUUUGUACCCAACAUAUGUUGCUUUUGUAUGCUUGAUAUGUCUUGAAAUUCAUUAUGUUUCCUCAUUUUUAUUCGAGCAUUGUAAAAUAUACAAUUUACCCUCUUAUACCGUCACAAUAUUCAAUUUUUUACAAAAUAUGACUCGAUGUGAAUUCAAUACAAAUACCUCAUGAUUUAAAUUCCUCAACACUUUUAAUUUUCAAUAUAAAUCUUGAAUUUUACCAUACAAUCCUCAGAGUUUGGAUAUAAAUUUUAGUUUCGUAAGAGUAGCUUUUCAUUUUCAAUUCUAUAAACUCAUUAUUUCCACAGUAUUCAGUGAACACAAUCCGAGAAUCAAAGGAGUCUGAUGGCGUUUCACACUGCUUAAAUUUUUCAUUAGCAGGAUUUUUGCCGUAGAGAAAAAUUUCCAGUAGCAAAGAUUUCAAGCGGUAGUGAAAUAAACUUCACCACUUCCCACAAUUUUCACACACUGUAAUGUCUUGCGAACCUUUGUAUAUUCAGCUUUUUACUUUUCCAUGUACAGUAUCGGCAAGACCAUUUGAUUAUUGUGUUCAGAUUAAUAUGUAAAUAAUGUGUGUGAAAUGUAAAUACGUAAUCUCGACAUUGAAAAUUUUAUUUUUUUAAUGCCUGUUGAAGAAACGGUUGUUUAGUAUGAAAAAAAGUGUGAUUUCGGUGUUCUUGAAAAUAUUUUUAUCGACCAUGGAUGUAUUUUCUCCUAGUUUCUAAUCGUACGGUAUCUAAUUAUUUUUAAGUGUGUGGGAGUCUUGGAAAUUUUCAUCGGUAAGGGUACAUCAGAGGAAGCACACAAGUGUUGUACGUUUAUUUGAAAUUUCCAGCCUCCCGAUGACAAGUAUCAAUAAUUUGGCUUUGGCUGAAUAUUAUACAUAGGUCAUGGUUAGUUGUAAUAUUUUGCAGUAAGUACAAAAAGUAGCUGUUCUGUUACUUUAUGUACUGAAAUACUUUGUGAUAAACUUGUACAUUUAUUUUAAUUGGUUUGGGGAUUAGCCAUAUCUCUUGUAACUAAUAAAUCUAUUUUCAAUUCGAA